CCAAUGAACACAGUCAGCUCUUACUCUGUGGUUCUAGACGCAGUUCCUUCCGGGAAGUGUUGCAUGAAUGAAUCUCCCUCGACGGUCAUUCCACCAAAAAUGUCAAAGUUGCAGUUGUUGCAAGCGUUUUUCUCUGACCGUUUAACAACAGUGGCCGUAGAGAUAUCCGUGGCAGCGGGAAAAGCGUUUGCCGAGUACCAGGAUGAGAUCUCUCGUUCAAAGGAGGAGAAUCAACGCCUGCAGAGGCUGCUGGAUUCGGUUUUUAAUCCCGAUGUAAAAUUACACAAAGCAGGUAAACCAAAGAUUGUUUAAGUAAACCAAGAUAAACCACAGCCUGUCGUUUCCAGUGGGAAUAAAUUAGUUUUAGUGGGCAGAACAAACAAGGAGGUGGUCAGAGCCAAGCACGAGCUAGCGAGAUCCUAUUGGCGUGUUUUAGCAUAUAUCUGCAUAUGUCCGUUAGGGAACGCCUACGCGUGUGCAAUAACUAAAUUCGCCUUUGCGCACCUUCUAAACAACGCCAUUUAAAAAAACAUUUGCAGUGUAAAGUCUACAAAACUUAGUCCACUCUUUUCAUAACAGAUUAUAGUUUUGGGAACAGAACUAUAUUGAGAUAAAAUGUUUCAUCUAUGAGAAAAUUUGCAGAAUCUCGGCUAAAACAAUCUCGUUCCAUCUUCCAGCUUCACAUUUAUACAUCCAGUGAAAUAUCUGUCUCAUUGUUCUAUCUGUGGGUAAACUAUCAGCAAGCUAGCCAUUAAAUCAAAUCAAAUCAAAUUUUAUUGGCCACAUGCGCCGAAUACAACAGGUGCAGACAUUACAGUGAAAUGCUUACUUACAGCCCUUAACCAACAGUGCAUUUAUUUUUAAUAAAAAAGUAAAAAUAAAACAACAACAAAAAAGUGUUGAGAAAAAAAGAGCAGAAGUAAAAUAAAAUAACAGUAGGGAGGCUAUAUAUACAGGGGGGUACCGGUGCAGAGUCAAUGUGCGGGGGCACCGGCUAGUUGAGGUAGUUGAAGUAAUAUGUACAUGUGGGUAGAGUUAAAGUGACUUUGCAUAAAUAAUUAACAGAGUAGCAGCAGCAUAAAAGGAUGGGGUGGGGUGGGGGGCAGUGCAAAUAGUCAGGGUAGCCAUGAUUAGCUGUUCAGGAGUCUUAUGGCUUGGGGGUAGAAGCUGUUGAGAAGUCUUUUGGACCUAGACUUGGCACUCCGGUACCGCUUGCCGUGCGGUAGCAGAGAGAACAGUCUAUGACUAGGGUGGCUGGAGUCUUUGACAAUUUUGAGGGCCUUCCUCUGACACCGCCUGGUAUAGAGGUCCUGGAUGGCAGGAAGCUUGGCCCCAGUGAUGUACUGGGCCGUACGCACUACCCUCUGUAGUGCCUUGCGGUCGGAGGCCGAGCAGUUGCCAUACCAGGCGGUGAUGCAACCAGUCAGGAUGCUCUCGAUGGUGCAGCUGUAUAAUUUUUUGAGGAUCUGAGGACCCAUGCCAAAUCUUUUCAGUCUCCUGAGGGGGAAUAGGCUUUGUCGUGACCUUUUCACGACUGUCUUGGUGUGUUUGGACCAUGAUAGUUUGUUGGUGAUGUGGACACCAAGGAACUUGAAGCUCUCAACCUGUUCCACUACAGCCCCGUCGAUGAGAAUGGGGGCGUGCUCAGUCCUCUUUUUUUUCCCUGUAGUCCACAAUCAUCUCCUUUGUCUUGGUCACGUUGAGGGAGAGGUUGUUAUCCUGGCACCACACGGCCAGGUCUCUGACCUCCUCCCUAUAGGCUGUCUCAUCGUUGUCGGUGAUCAGGCCUACCACUGUUGUGUCUUCGGCAAACUUAACGAUGGUGUUGGAGUCGUGCCUGGCCAUGCAGUCAUGGGUGAACAGGGAGUACAGGAGGGGACUGAGCACGCACCCCUGAGGGGCCCCCGUGUUGAGGAUCAGUGUGGCAGAUGUGUUGUUACCUACCCUUGCCACCUGGGGGCGGCCUGUCAGGAAGUCCAGGAUCCAGUUGCAGAGCGAGGUGUUUAGUCCCAGGAUCCUUAGCUUAGUGAUGAUCUUUGAGGGCACUAUGGUGUUGAAUGCUGAGCUGUAGUCAAUGAAUAGCAUUCUCACGUAGGUGUUCCUCUUGUCCAGGUGGGAAAGGGCAGUGUGGAGUGCAAUAGAGAUUGCAUCAUCUGUGGAUCUGUUUGGGCGGUAUGCAAAUUGGAGUGGGUGUAGGGUUUCUGGGAUAAUGGUGUUGAUGUGAGCCAUGACCAGCCUUUCAAAGCACUUCAUGGCUACAGACGUCAGUGCUACGGGUCGGUAGUCAUUUAGGCAGGUUAUCUUAGUGUCCUUGGGCACGGGGACUAUGGUGGUCUGCUUGAAUCAUGUUGGUAUUACAGACUCAGUCAGGGACAUGUUGAAAAUGUCAGUGAAGACACUUGCCAGUUGGUCAGCACAUGCUCAGAGUACACGCCCUGGUAAUCCGUCUGGCCCUGCGGCCUUGUGAAUGUUGACCUGCUUAAAAGUCUUACUCACAUCGGCUACGGAGAGCGUUGCCAAUUUUUUUGCCACAUGCACCGAAUACAACAGGUGUAGACAUUACAGUGAAAUGCUUACUUACAAGCCCUUAACCAACAAUGCAUUUUUUUAAUUUUAGAAUAAAAGCAAAUAACUAAAGAGCAGCAGUAAAAUAACAGUAGGGAGGCUAUAUACAGAUUUGACCCUUCGCUAAGCCCCGCCACGGAAUGUUGGGCAACCAAUCGCAGCGCUCCAAUGCAACUGUCGUUGAGUCCGACACCUCGGACAUGCUCGCGUUUAAAUCCAUAUUUGUCAUCAAUACCAGUAUGUAUGGGAUCUAGUUUAUUUUACGCCUGCUACGUUAGGUUAUGGUUUUGGGGACGCUGUCAGCAUGGUCACUGCCCUUUAAAUACGUCACUCAUUGGGCAGAUUGGAUUAUGCUGAGCCACUGGGCACCGGUCUUUGGCCCGUGAUGUGAAUAGGCAAAAGCGGUGCAGGAGGAGCGCCCUUCUCAAAUUGAACAGUAAUCUGUGCCGCUCGGUCAUGUUGUCGACAAGCCAGCAUGGUGCAUCGUCCGGAAACAUACAACAUCUAUUUUCCCUUAAAUAUAUGUUAUAAUUUUCAAACUAGUUUGGAAGGCAGAUGAAGCGUUUUUAUCAAAAGCAAUCACUUUUGCAUGUGAAAACACAGAAUCCUACUCCACAUGCUAAUUAGUCACUUUUGUUUCGAGCCGACUUCACCGUGGGAUUUGAAUGGGGCACCUAGCUCAAAUACACCAGCGUUAAUAAAAGCACCUAUAUAAUGCUGUGUAUGUAACUGAUGCUAAUAAUCAUGUCAUUACAGUCUCAGAGGGAGAUUAUUUAUUGAAAUGUCUAGAUUUUUCUUGAAAGUUAUUUAAUAUCUUUCCUUCCAGACCCCCCGCAGCUCACUCUCACUGUCUCUGGAGAUGAGGUUCCCCCUGAGCAGCAGCACUGUGAGGAGGAGUGGAGUGAUCAAGAGAUCAUCGAGUCCAUAUUCAUUUCCCCCUGUGUGGAAAGCGACAGUGCUCAGGACUCACCCGAGCGCUCACAACUUUACCAAACUGGGAACUCCCUUCCCACCAUUGCAGCAGAACCGAUCCAAACAAAUCCCGAUGAAGAGGACGAUGAAAUAUCAGAAUCAACCGGUGACACUCCCCUCACACAAUUAAAGCCUCUCAAAAUAAAGAGAACACGGUUAAAGAAAGGACUAAGCUCUUACAUCUGCACUGAGAGCAAGACAACCAGUGAGUUGAAAGCGCCAUCGAGGGUUCACACAAGGAAGAGACUCUACAGUUGUACUGAGUGCACAGCAACCUAUGACAGACCUUGUCAUUUGGAAAUCCACAAGAGAAUUCACACGGGUGAGAAACCAUACGAGUGCAAAGACUGUGGUAAAUGCUUCAACCGCAAGAAUAGCCUAACGAUGCAUAUGCUAACUCACACAGGGGAGAAAUCGUUCUGCUGCCAUGAAUGUGGCAAAUGCUUUGGUCUAAACACGAGACUGAUACUUCACAUGAGGACACACACAGGGGAGAAGCCACACAAGUGCCCUUUCUGUGCCAGAUGCUUUACAUUUCCAAGUCACUUAAGUCGUCACAAGAAGCUCCACACAGGAGAGCGACCACAUCAAUGUAAUGUCUGUGGGAAAUGCUACACACGGAAGGAGCACCUGACAGACCAUAUGACAUCCCAUACUGGAGCAAAACCAUACAGCUGUAAGCAAUGUGGCAAAUGCUACGCAUUGCAGGGAAACCUGAGAGCGCAUAUGGCGAGUCACACAGGGAAUAAGUCAUUGUGCAGGUGCGCUGUGUGUGGAUUGGGUGUUCUAAAUCUAAGUCGCCACAUGCAAGAAGUUCACACAGGAGGCAAACAGCAUCAGUGCCAAGAUUGUAGGAAGUGCUUCAACCGAAAGGAAAAACUGACAGAGCACAUGAGGACUCACACGGGAGAGAAACCGUACCGCUGUCAUGAUUGUGGCGAAUGCUUUAGGCUCAAUGUAACCCUGAAGAAACACAUGAUGACACACACAGCUGCGGCAAGUGCUUUUCCAUGAGAGAAGCUAUGAGAAGUGAAGAGGACACACACAGGGAGAAAUCUGCUUAGUGCGAUGCAUGUUUCAGCGAUAUUGUUCAAAUUCAAUGUUUUAAUGUUCACAUUCAAUGUUCAUAAAGUUUCAAUUAAUGUUUCAACUGAUAUUUAAUUUCAGAAUGUAUUCAGGGUCAGGGUUAAGGGUUUGUUUAAGGUAAGGGUCAAUUUUAGUUUUUUGCUAGUCGGUUUAAGCGUCAGCUGUGUCCUUAUAGUCUCUCCCAUAAUAGGUACAUAAAAGCUAUUUGUAAAAUAAAACAGUGUGUAAAGUGUCGACAUGCUUGUACCCUCUACUACAUCUCUGGACAGCACAUAAGAAUCCAUUGUGUAAAAUGUGUCAGUCAAACAAUGAGAGGCUUUUUGUAACUGACACAUGUAAGAGAACCUGUGCCCCAGGUAAUAACUAUUGAAUUAGUGACUGAACAUGUAGAACCCCCACAUUGUGACAACUAGUUGAGGGUUUGGGAGGAGGGAGGGAAGUGGGUUCAUAUGGUCCACAAAAAUGUGUAUUUCACUUAUUUUGUAUAUCUAUGUUGCCCAUUUGUAACUUUAAUCUCAAAAUGCACAUUUACCUGUCUGUACCUUCCGGUCAUUGUUGGUGCUUUAUGUUGGUAUCAAUAAAAAAAAUGAUGAACAUGAAAACUCGCAUUGCUGUUGUUUCUAUAUAGCACAAAGCAAGAAUUUCGAGCACCCUGAAUCCCUGUGAUAGAAUCUUACUCAGGACAUCUGAAACACUGUCUUCCAUCAACACUCAGAGGAAAUGUUUAGUUUUAUGAAUGACUGUUGACUUGGGAGCAGAGAGGGAGUUACUCUACUUUUGUGAACUAUCAGCACUUCAAGGGUAUUUGUUGCAGGGCGCAUUGUUCAGUAAAUAUGUUUUGAUUAAAACGAGAAUGUUAUUAUGACAGCCUUUUUUCAGCAAAACUCUGCUCAGGUAGAUAAAUGUAGUAGAUGGAAAAGUGACCAUUCAUGAUCCAGGGCGUAAGGUAGCCUAGCGGUUAAGAGCGUUGGGCCAGUGACCCAAAAGGUCGCUGAUUCGAAUCCCCGAGCCGACUAGGUGAAAAAUCUGUUAACCCUAAUUGCUGCUGUAAGUCGCUGUGGAUAAGAGUGUCUGCUAAAGCAGUGGUUCUCAAACCUCUCCUCGGCAACCCCCAGUCAUUCCAAACCUCUCCUCGGCAACCCCCAGUCAUUCCAAACCUCUCCUCGGCAACCCCCAGUCAUUCCAAACCUCUCCUCGGCAACCCCCAGUCAUUCCAAACCUCUCCUCGGCAACCCCCAGUCAUUCCAAACCUCUCCUCGGCAACCCCCAGUCAUUCCAAACCUCUCCUCGGCAACCCCCAGUCAUUCCAAACCUCUCCUCGGCAACCCCCAGUCAUUCCAAACCUCUCCUCGGCAACCCCCAGUCAUUCCAAACCUCUCCUCGGCAACCCCCAGUCAUUCCAAACCUCUCCUCGGCAACCCCCAGUCAUUCCAAACCUCUCCUCGGCAACCCCCAGUCAUUCCAAACCUCUCCUCGGCAACCCCCAGUCAUUCCAAACCUCUCCUCGGCAACCCCCAGUCAUUCCAAACCUCUCCUCGGCAACCCCCAGUCAUUCCAAACCUCUCCUCGGCAACCCCCAGUCAUUCCAAACCUCUCCUCGGCAACCCCCAGUCAUUCCAAACCUCUCCUCGGCAACCCCCAGUCAUUCCAAACCUCUCCUCGGCAACCCCCAGUCAUUCCAAACCUCUCCUCGGCAACCCCCAGUCAUUCCAAACCUCUCCUCGGCAACCCCCAGUCAUUCCAAACCUCUCCUCGGCAACCCCCAGUCAUUCCAAACCUCUCCUCGGCAACCCCCAGUCAUUCCCCCCCCCAUUCCAAACCUCUCCUCGGCAACCCCCAGUCAUUCCAAACCUCUCCUCGGCAACCCCCAGUCAUUCCAAACCUCUCCUCGGCAACCCCCAGUCAUUCCAAACCUCUCCUCGGCAACCCCCAGUCAUUCCAAACCUCUCCUCGGCAACCCCCAGUCAUUCCAAACCUCUCCUCGGCAACCCCCAGUCAUUCCAAACCUCUCCUCGGCAACCCCCAGUCAUUCCAAACCUCUCCUCGGCAACCCCCAGUCAUUCCAAACCUCUCCUCGGCAACCCCCAGUCAUUCCAAACCUCUCCUCGGCAACCCCCAGUCAUUCCAAACCUCUCCUCGGCAACCCCCAGUCAUUCCAAACCUCUCCUCGGCAACCCCCAGUCAUUCCAAACCUCUCCUCGGCAACCCCCAGUCAUUCCAUGUAUUUGAUCUAUUCCAGAGCUAGCACACCUGAUUCAACUUGUCAACUAAAAUCUGUUGCUGUGCCCUUGAGCAAGGCACUUAACCCUAAUUGCUCCAAGGGCGCUGUACAAUGGUUACCCUGGCCGUGACCCCACUCCCUGCGGGUGUCUCGGGGGAUUUGGUAUAUGCAAAAAAAUAAAAAUGUAUUACACACUUGUGUGUAACAGGACAAGUAUAAGCACCCCCCAAAUAAUUAUUAUUCAUUAUCAAGACCUUGAAUAGGUGAAUCAAGUGAGCUAGUUCAGAGCUACAACAAAAUUGUGAAAAGUCUAUGGGUCCCCGAGGAGAGGUUUGGUAUUUUAUUAGGAUCCCCAUUAGCUGUUGCGAAAGCAGCAGCUAUUCUUCCUAGGGUCCACACAAAACAUGAAACAUUACAUAAUACAGAACAGUAAUAGACAAGAACAACUCAAGGACAGAACUACAUACAUUUAAAUAUGGCACACGUAGCCUACAUAUCAAUACAUAUACAAACUAUCUAGGUCAAAUAGGGGAGAGGCGUUGUGUCGUGAGGUGUUGCUUUAUCAGUUUUUUUUAAACCAGGUUUGCUGUUCAUUUGAGCAAUAUGAAAUGGAAGCAAUAAUGGCUCUAUAUAAUACUGUACGCUUUCUUGAAUUUGUUCUGGAUUUGGGGACUGUGAAAAGACCCCUGGUGGCAUGUCUGGUGGGGUAAGUGUGUGUGUCAGAGCUGUGUCUAAGUUGACUAUGCAAACAAUUUGGAAUUUUCAACAUGUUCAUGUUUCUUAUAAAAAGAAGAAGUGAUGCAGUCAGUCUCUCCUCAACUCUUAGCCAAGCGAGACUGGCAUGCAUAGUAUUUACAUUAGCCCUCUGAUUACAAUGAAGAGCAAGACGUGCCGCUCUGUUCUGGGCCAGCUGCAGCUUAACUAGGUCUUUCCUUGCAGCACUCGACCACACGACUGGACAAUAAUCAAGAUAAGACAAAACUAGAGCCUGCAGGACUUGAUUUUUGGAGUGCAGUGUCAUAAAAGCAGAGCAUCUCUUUAUUACGGACAACCUCUCCCCAUGUUUACAACCAUUGAAUCUACAGUGGGGAAAAAAAGUAUUUAGUCAGCCACCAAUUGUGCAAGUUCUCCCACUUAAAAAGAUGAGAGAGGCCUGUAAUUUUCAUCAUGGGUACACAUCAACUAUGACAGACAAAUUGAGAAUUUUUUUCCCAGAAAAUCACAUUGUAGGAUUUUUUAUGAAUUUAUUUGCAAAUUAUGGUGGAAAAUAAGUAUUUGGUCACCUACAAACAAGCAAGAUUUCUGGCUCUCACAGACCUGUAACUUCUUCUUUAAGAGGCUCCUCUGUCCUCCACUCGUUACCUGUAUUAAUGGCACCUGUUUGAACUUGUUAUCAGUAUAAAAGACACCUGUCCACAACCUCAAACAGUCACACUCCAAACUCGACUAUGGCCAAGACCAAAGAGCUCUCAAAGGACACCAGAAACAAAAUUGUAGACCUGCACCAGGCUGGGAAGACUGAAUCUGCAAUAGGUAAGCAGCUUGGUUUGAAGAAAUCAACUGUGGGAGCAAUUAUUAGGAAAUGGAAGACAUACAAGACCACUGAUAAUCUCCCUCGAUCUGGGGCUCCACGCAAGAUCUCACCCCGUGGGGUCAAAAUGAUCACAAGAACGGUGAGCAAAAAUCCCAGAACCACACAGGGUGACCUAGUGAAUGACCUGCAGAGAGCUGGGACCAAAGUAACAAAGCCUACCAUCAGUAACACACUACGCCGCCAGGGACUCAAAUCCUGCAGUGCGAGACGUGUCCCCCUGCUUAAGCCAGUACAUGUCCAGGCCCAUCUGAAGUUUGCUAGAGUGCAUUUGGAUGAUCCAGAAGAGGAUUGGGAGAAUGUCAUAUGGUCAGAUGAAACCAAAAUAGAACUUUUUGGUAAAAACUCAAAGAAUGCUGAGUUGCAUCCAAAGAACACCAUACCUACUGUGAAGCAUGGGGGUGGAAACAUCAUGCUUUGGGGCUGUUUUCUGCAAAGGGACCAGGACGACUGAUCCGUGUAAAGGAAAGUAUGAAUGGGGCCAUGUAUCGUGAGAUUUUGAGUGAAAACCUCCUUCCAUCAGCAAGGGCAUUGAAGAUUAAACGUGGCUGGGUCUUUCAGCAUGACAAUGAUCCCAAACACACCGCCCAGGCAACGAAGGAGCGGCUUCGUAAGAAGCAUUUCAAGGUCCUGGAGUGGCCUAGCCAGUCUCCAGAUCUCAACCCCAUUGAAAAUCUUUGGAGGGAGUUGAAAGUCUGUGUUGCCCAGCGACAGCCCCAAAACAUCACUGCUCUAGAGGAGAUCUGCAUGGAGGAAUGGGCCAAAAUACCAGCAACAGUGUGUGAAAACCUCGUGAAGACUUACAGAAAACGUUUGACCUGUGUCAUUGCCAACAAAGGGUAUAUAACAAAGUAUUGAGAAACUUUUGUUAUUGACCAAAUACUUAUUUUCCACCAUUAUUUGCAAAUAAAUUCAUUAAAAAUCCUACAAUGUGAUUUUCUGGAUUUUUUUUUCUCAUUUUGUCUGUCAUAGUUGACGUGUACCUAUGAUGAAAAUUACAGGCCUCUCUCAUCUUUUUAAGUGGGAUAACUUGCACAAUUGGUGGCUGACUAAAUACUUUUUUUCCCCCACUGUAUAUGUUUUGACCAUGACAGUUUUCAAUCUAAGGUAUUUUUAUUUUAUUUAUUUAUUUAUUUAACCUUUAUUUAACUAGGCAAAUCAGUUAAGAACAAAUUCUUAUUUACAAUGACGGCCUACACUGGCCAAACCCGGACAACGCUGGGCCAAUUGUGCACCGCCCUAUGGGACUCCCAAUCAUGGCCGGUUGUGAUACAGCCUGGAAUCGAACCAGGUGGUCUGUAGUGACGCCUCAAGCACUAAGAUGCAGUGCCUUAGACCAAGUAAUUUAGUCUCCUCAACUUGUUCAACAGCCACACCAUUCAUUACCAUAUUCAUCUGAGGCCUAGAACUUAGGGAAUGAUUUGUACCAAAUACAAUGCUCUUAGUUUUAGAGAUGUUCAGGACCAGUUUAUUACUGGCCACCCAUUCCAAAACAGACAGCAACUCUUUGUUAAGGGUUUCAGUGACGUCAGUAGCUGUGGUUGCUGAUGCGUGUAUGGAGAACCACUGUGCUAAAAUGUAAUCAAUCCAUCCAUCCCCAUUCUGCCCUGUCCUUUCUACAGUGGGGAAAAAAAGUAUUUAGUCAGCCACCAAUUGUGCAAGUUCUCCCACUUAAAAAGAUGAGAGAGGCCUGUAAUUUUCAUCAUAGGUGCACGUCAACUAUGACAGACAAAUUGAGAAAAAAAUAUCCAGAAAAUCACAUUGUAGGAUUUUUAAUGAAUUUAUUUGCAAAUUAUGGUGGAAAAUAAGUAUUUGGUCACCUACAAACAAGCAAGAUUUCUGGCUCUCACAGACCUGUAACUUCUUCUUUAAGAGGCUCCUCUGUCCUCCACUCGUUACCUGUAUUAAUGGCACCUGUUUGAACUUGUUAUCAGUAUCAAAGACACCUGUCCACAACCUCAAACAGUCACACUCCAAACUCCACUAUGGCCAAGACCAAAGAGCUGUCAAAGGACACCAGAAACACAAUUGUAGACCUGCACCAGGCUGGGAAGACUGAAUCUGCAAUAGGUAAGCAGCUUGGUUUGAAGAAAUCAACUGUGGGAGCAAUUAUUAGGAAAUGGAAGACAUACAAGACCACUGCGAAUCUCCCUCGAUCUGGGGCUCCACGCAAGAUCUCACCCCGUGGGGUCAAAAUGAUCACAAGAACGGUGACCAAAAAUCCCAGAACCACACGGGGGGACCUAGUGAAUGACCUGCAGAGAGCUGGGACCAAAGUAACAAAGCCUACCAUCAGUAACACACUACGCCGCCAGGGACUCAAAUCCUGCAGUGCCAGACGUGUCCCCCUGCUUAAGCCAGAACAUGUCCAGGCCCGUCUGAAGUUUGCUAGAGUGCAUUUGGAUGAUCCAGAAGAGGAUUGGGAGAAUGUCAUAUGGUCAGAUGAAACCAAAAUAGAACUUUUUGGUAAAAACUCAACUCGUCGUGUUUGGAGGACAAAGAAUGCUGAGUUGCAUCCAAAGAACACCAUACCUACUGUGAAUCAUGGGGGUGGAAACAUCAUGCUUUGGGGCUGUUUUUCUGCAAAGGGACCAGGACAACUGAUCCGUGUAAAGGAAAGAAUGAAUGGGGCCAUGUAUCGUGAGAUUUUGAGUGAAAACCUCCUUCCAUCAGCAAGUGCAUUGAAGAUGAAACGUGGCUGGGUCUUUCAGCAUGACAAUGAUCCCAAACACACCGCCCGGGCAACGAAGGAGUGGCUUCGUAAGAAACAUUUCAAGGUCCUGGAGUGGCCUAGCCAGUCUCCAGAUCUCAACCCCAUAGAAAAUCUUUGAAGGGAGUUGAAAGUCUGUGUUGCCCAGCGACAGCCCCAAAACAUCACUGCUCUAGAGGAGAUCUGCAUGGAGGAAUGGGCCAAAAUACCAGCAACAGUGUGUGAAAACCUUGUGAAGACUUACAGAAAACGUUUGACCUGUGUCAUUGCCAACAAAGGGUAUAUAACAAAGUAUUGAGAAACUUUUGUUAUUGACCAAAUACUUAUUUUCCACCAUAAUUUGCAAAUAAAUUCAUUAAAAAUCCUACAAUGUGAUUUUCUGGAUUUCUUUUCCUCAUUUUGUCUGUCAUAGUUGACGUGUACCUAUGAUGAAAAUUACAGGCCUCUCUCAUCUUUUUAAGUGGGAGAACUUGCACAAUUGGUGGCUGACUAAAUACUUUUUUUCCCCACUGUAUGUGCACUGAGCUAUAAUAAGAACGGCUAUUACUCCAGUACAGUAGGUGGCAGUGCAAUGUUGGUUACGACGUUUCAGCCAAUGAAUGAACCAUGAAAGAACAGAGGCAGUGUUUACGACUUCUUUACGACAAAAUGUUCUUCAUUUUCUUUGUUUACGUCCUUGUCCUGUUCAAUCAGAUGUAUCCCUAA